AUGACGAACGAAACACGCGCAGCAGAACUUCACAAGCUCCUAGACUUCUUUGAACGCCUCGCGUCCAGGGGCAGUCGACGUGCCAAUGUCAAUCAGACUGGAACCACGCGACCCACCACCCCAACCCUAUCCCACUCCAGCCCUCUCCUCUCCGACCACAGCGUCUCAAAUAUCACCCCUCUCGUAGCCAACAUCGUCAACACCCGCAAAGGCACCUUCCUGGAGAAGCCGGGAGGGCAUGCCAAACGGCCUCGUCGAACUGGCCAUUCCGGAGACACAACCCCCACAUCAUCACAUACGUCAGAUAAUGAAGACGCUGCCUCGAUCCUCUCAGCUGCCAAGUUCCCCCUCGCCAAACAAUACCAGUUCACGUUCCGACAUAUGCUCCAUAAGCUGUACGGCCGCGACGAUUGGCUGAAGAAGGUUCAAGAAGCGCUCGAGAAGUCCCAGCUGGAGUACAAACCCCUAGCCGAGAAGCGCGUCGAAGAAGGCCCGAAGGAGAACCUUGGCAGUCCCAAACCCAAGAUCGCGAAGCAUGAAGAGAACCUAACCGAAAGCCGCACUGUUCGCAAGGAACAACCUGGCACACCAAAGGCAACUCGACCUCGCUUCCUCUCAGCCUCAAACGCCGGAAACGUGCCAGUCAGCGGUAGGUUGGCUGGGAACGCGGACAAGGAUCGUAUCCAAGACGAAAUCAGAGUUCUGAAGAGGCGCUGUGUUGGAAGACGAAAGUCGAUGAGCGGAGUCAAGGACACCGAAGGAGGCCAAGCUGGUGGAGGAUGGGUAUAUGAUGGCCGAGGCUCGCGCUUCGAGGACAGGAGUGCGGACGAUAUGGGAUCUCGAAGGCGAGUACGAUGUUUGACAUUGGCUGGUAUUACAACUGCACCAGCAACUGACGUCGACACCCUCAAGUCACAAGCAGCUCGAGAAACUGUGACGGAGAAGAGGGCUGCAACCGGAAAGCCUACGGCUCGUAAGCGAGCUCUGACGACCGCUGGGUUGAAUGUUGCAGACUGUGAACGGGCCAGGGGAAUCAGUCUCAAGAGGCAACUCGCGGCUUGA